AUCAACGUUCGAUCGAAACCCUUAAGUCACACCAGAGUGUUGUUUGACAUCCACGACCGGGAUCGCUUGAGAGGAGACCCACAUUUAGGACAGGUCAUCAUGGGACUGGGGUCAACAGAGGAGAGCGUCAUUGAACAUUGGCAAGAAACCGUUUGUGGAAACGGGAGAAAGAUCUGUCGAUGGCAUUACAUCAUGGACAAGGGAGAAACACACGAUCGUUAA